AUGACACUUACUCCCCUUGCUCAGCGAGCAAAACUACUAAAAAAGUCUAUUUCAUGGGAAAUUUACUCCAUUUAGCUUGAGAAAGAAAAUUUUAUACAAGUAAUAAUAUAUUAUGAUAAUCAGCUAAUAAUAUUAAAUUUUAAACUGCUUGCCUCUAAAAUAUUAAUAUAUAAAUUAAAUUCUUACCAUCUGUGUUUUUAAAAUAAAAAAAAUAUUUUAAAUAGAAUUUUUAUAUAUAAUAUAAAAAUAAAACUAACUACCUUUAGCUUUUGCUCGUUAAUCAAAAAGUUGGGGAAUUAGGAAACCAAAAAUCGAUGAAUGAGGAGUUAUUUUAGAAAAGCAGCUGGAACUCAAUAAAAUUCAUGAAAUUGAUGAAAAAGCAAGACAAGCCCAUGAAAAGGAAUUUCUGCGAAGAGAGCUGGAUUAUCAACAAUCCCUUAAGGAAGCUCAAAAAAGACAAAAAUUGAACUUGAUUGCUAGCUCGCUCACGGAGAGAGGCUAUUUUUUUUAAAAGAAUCAUAAAUAAAAUUUACAGUAAAAUUGUUAAUCGAAAUAUUUAAAUCAUAUAUUAAUUUAAUUUGUAAAAAUUAUGUUUUAAAAUGAUAGCUGUUUAAAUUAAGCAGAUUGAGUUUGUGAUCUCAUAAUAAUAACAUAUAUAUCAAAAUAUUUAUUAAUAAAAAAAAAGUUUUUGUUCACUUAUGGAGGAUUAGUUUUUUACCCAAAAAAUAUGGAUUUUUCCAAUGGUUUUGCUCGCUCACGAUGGGGGAGUAAGGACUAUGAAGAUGUCCAAGAAAGAACAAAUUGGUUUAGGAGGCAGGAUUUAAUUAAACGAGAACAAGAACGCAUGCAAAAAAGCGAAAUCGCUGAAAAUUUAUUAAACCAUCAUUCCUUUAUUAAGCAACGUGAAGCAGAAGAACGUAAGCAAAAGUAUCUCGAAGAAUUAGAGCAGGCUAAAAUAGCCAGGCAGAAUAUUGAAAUUGAUGAACAAAGAAAAAUUGCCCAAAAAAUCCAACUAAAUAGGUAGCAGCAUAUUAAUAAAAUGGCUAGCCGUAAUUAGUUCUCUUACAUUAUCCGGGGCCCGGAAAAAAACCUGCCCACGACUCACCCUUAUUGAGUUUUAUUAAAAUUGCAGAAUCUAUCUGUUCUUCUGGCUUGUCUCCAGGUCUCCGCUUCAGCAUCCCUUCAUAAAAACUCUGCCCACUCGGAAGGGCAUUGCUACGUCCUGGUUGGGCAUUCCUUAAGUACCUCAAGGAACUCAUGCUUGUACGAAGCAAUUUCCGACAUUCUAAAGACUAUUAGAGACAGGCGUAUUCAAAUCAAAUCCUCGAUAAGUCUCUCUCUUGCCUCUCUGUAUCGUGCAUAUGCCCUGGCCUCGCCAUCGACUACUCCACAGGUAGAGCAGUUUGGAUUGUCUGUCAGUCUUCGUAUGUAGAUGUUUCAAGCAUUCGAGUUAAUGAUGUGAACCCAAAUAGGAUGUCAUCCACGCUAGCGUCCAGAAACUGUGGGGGCCAACCUGGCGUGCAUUGGGAUAUGCUUCUAUUUCCUCAUAUCGGACAUGCUGAAAAAGUAACUAAGGAAUAGGGAGCAGCAAAUGAUUCGGCAGCUACAAGAGGAGCAAGCCAAGGAAAGGAAACAAAUUGAUAUGAAUGAGAAGCAGCGUGAGAUGGAGCUAAUAAUGCAGAGAAAAGAAAGAGACGAUAAAAGAGAAAGAGAAUACAAGCAGCACUAUCAACAUAUAUAUGAAGAUCAACUCAAUAAAGCAAUACGAUUUUCCUCAGUCAUUGCAAAAGAAAUGCAAAAAGACAGUCAAAUUGAUAAUUGAAUUGAGAAAGGCGUUGAAAACUAUCAGCAAAAAUUAGCUGAAAAAGAAGCCUAUGAAAGAGAAGUAAAAGAAAGAAACGCAAAAGCAGUGAAAGAUAUGCUGAGAAAUCAAAUUGAACAAAAGGAGUCGCAAAAACGAAAAGAGAUGGAAGAAUACAGAAAAGAGCAGGAAGAACUCAACAAAAGAGUCGAAUUCAGCAGAAUGCUGGAAGAAGAAAGAGAGCGCCAAAAGUUCAUGCAGAAGCAGGAUUAUGUAGAUCAAUUGCUUAGACAGACUAAGGCUGAAGAAGAUUCAAAAGCCUACACUUUCAAGCUUUCAGACCAUGAAAAGCUGUUAAAUAAAAAUUUGCUUGAUGAAGCAAUUCUUAGCAGGAGGUUCAAAAGAGGAGCUGAUGAAAUUGUGAAAGGGCGAUCUCCUUCGCAGUCAUUAGAAGAAACCAAUCCCAGAAAAAUCCUUGCAUAUGAGUACAAUGCGCCUAUAAUUGGUGAAACUCAGAGCUUAAGACACAGAGGAAACAAUUAUAAAAGGAUAAACCCAAUUACUGGGAUUGAAUAUGGAUAUGAACUCCCUAAAUCCUCGUUAAACAACUCAUUACUGUGGUAA